AUGUCUCGGUAUAGUCGAUCGAACAGUUCAAGACCUUUUUAUCGAGUCAAAGUAAUUAAUGGAAUACAACCUUCAUUAACAUCCGAAAACAACAAUAAUAAUAAGAAUAUUAAUGAAAGUGAUGAAAUCGAAAAUUCUCGUUUAUUCAAUAUACUUAAUUGGUCACCAUUAGAAAAUUUAGUGACAGAUAAAACAUCAACAUCAACAGUACCAGUUAAUGAUGGAAAUGAACCAAAAUCUAAAAAUGGUUAUAAUGCAGUACAAAUUUCAAUUGAAUUACAAAAGAAAAUGUUAAAUUUAAAAGCCACCUUUAUCGAUCCAUCCGGUCGUUUAGUUAACUAUCGUCGUUUACGUGCAAGUAAUGUCUAUAAUGAUUUAUGUGAAAUGGGCAAUCGGUUGACAACAAUUAGCCUUGAAAAUGUCACAGAAAAUGAACGUAAAACAUUUUUCAUUAAUCUUUACAAUAUAUUAACAAUUCAUGGAAUAGCAUCAGUUAAUGAUUUACCAAAAUCUGUUCUCGAUUUAAAUCAAUUUUGGAAAACAACAUCAUAUAAAGUUGGACCAUACUGUUAUUCAUUAGAUGAUAUAGAACAUGGCAUUUUACGAGGUAAUAAACCUCACUCGAAUUGCACUCAACGACAUUUCACAUUUAAUGAUCCUCGUGUACGGUAUUCAAUGCGUCGUUGUGAUCCACGUAUUCAUUUUGCACUUAAUUGUGGUGCACGUUCAUGUCCACAAAUUGCAAUAUAUUCAUCAACAAAUCUUGAAAAAGCUUUAAAUAUGGCAACAACAUCUUUUUGUAAUGCUGCAGUUGAUAUUAUACUUGAAAAUGCUGAAGUUCGCUUAUCAAAAUUAUUUCUUUGGUAUAAAAAUGAUUUUGGUCGAUCUGAAACAGAAGUAUUAAGAUGGAUAGCAAAAUAUAUUGAUGAACCAAAACAAUCAUUACUUAAAACUCUACUCGAUCGGCAAGGUUCAAAAGAUGGUUUACGUAUAUCAUAUAAAAUCUUUGAUUGGAUGGUAAAUCAUCAUGAUGGUCCAAUGCCUAAUAUUGAUUCAACGACAACACUUGGUCUAGAUGUUUAA